AAAAAUCAAGUCUUUCCCCCGGCCCUCCUUCCCAGACCAUCGCCCCUACGAGCAAGCAGCCAAAGCAGAGCAAGAAGCCGCAGCCAGCCAGUCAGUCUCCUCCUCGGGCGGGAGGAAGCAGAGAGAGAGAGACAGCGACCGGGCGAGAGGCGGCGGAGGCUCCGAGGAAUCGGCCGGCAGCGUUGGCCCGGGAAAGGGACCGGAGGAGGUUGGUUGAUUGUUGGAGGGAGGGGAGGGGAGGGGAUGGCGGCGCGGCGGGCGGCGGCGUGGGAGCAGGGCGGCGACGAGUACGACUACCUGUUCAAGGUGGUGCUGAUCGGCGACUCCGGCGUGGGCAAGUCCAACCUCCUCUCCCGCUUCACCAAGAACACCUUCUCCCUCGACUCCAAGUCCACCAUCGGCGUCGAGUUCGCCACCCGCACCACCCAGGUGGAAGGGAAGACCAUCAAGGCACAGAUAUGGGACACGGCGGGGCAGGAGCGGUACCGGGCGAUCACGAGCGCCUACUACCGCGGCGCCGUGGGGGCGCUGCUGGUCUACGACGUCACCAAGGCUGCCACCUUCGAGAACGUGAAGCGGUGGCUCAAGGAGCUCCGCGACCACGCCGACUCCAACAUCGUCAUCAUGCUCAUCGGCAACAAGACCGACCUCAGGCACCUCCGCUCCGUCGCCACGGACAAGGCGGCAGGCUUCGCCGAGUGGGAAGGCCUGUCCUUCAUCGAGACCUCCGCGCUCGACGCCACCAAUGUCGACAAGGCUUUCCAGACCGUCCUCGCCGAGAUCCACCGGGUCAUCAGCAAGAAGGCGCUGACAACGGAGGAUUCGGGUGCCGGUGUCGUCGGAGAGGGGCAGUCGAUCCUGGUGUCGGGCGGAGAACCCACCAGCGUUUCAUCGAGAUGCUGCUCUUUCUAGUGGGGGUCGCCGAUGUCACCAUGUCAACCAUUUCAGUUGGAUUGCUUAAAAUGUGAUGUCCUGCGACAAAAAUAAAUUCAGAAGUUCUUUUUUCGUAACGUAGCAUGGCUGACUGAUUGAGAAGUUGAAGCUCUAAGAUGCACGAUACUUGUGUUAUAUGCCUAGGUCUAGGUGGUGCAGUUGCUGUUGUCCCAGUACCAGAAUUAUGUGCACAUUCUAUGUUCUCGCAUAGUACGUAAUUGACAAUGGCUCUCUGUGAAGUUAUAAUGUGAAGUCUGAAUAGUCUGUCA